UUCCGGAUGCGAGAGAACAGAGAGAUCCCGGCAGCGAGAGCGGUUCCGGGUACGUUCGAUUGGGAAAGUUUUAUUUUGCAGGACACUUACUGGUAUUCCAGCAACCGUACAGUACCAAAGCACAAGAGUUGUCAUCGAAACUUCCUCUUCUGGGUGGCGUAUAUCCGCAAAAAACCUAAGAAUAUUGAUGAGACUGAGCGGCGAACUUGCCCCUUGAAUGACUGCGAGAAGACUCCUUUCGACACUCACGACGCAAUGCUUGAGCAUCUUUAUACUUGCCGACACUUGGCAAAAGGAUCUUACAAAUGUUGGGAUUGCGGGAAAUUUGAACGAAUCAGCAGAAUUCACACCAAUGGCUGUCAUGAACUACGCCGAUUUUCAUCGGUAGCAGAUUCGCUCAGGCGGGCGAAGCAACUUCUAUCAUCUCAUAGCCACAAGAACCGCAACGGCUCCCAGUGUGCUACGAAUAGCCAGGCUACCUCCGAAAAGUUUGCAGAAUUGCCUACUCCACAAGAUAACAGACACGUGGGUACUUUCCUAGACCCCACCGGAUCCGCAUCAGAGCUGGACGCGCGCUGGAUUCCGGAGAUCCAUGAGCUAGAUAUACCAGCAGAGUGCGCCGCCUACGACAAUUACAUGCCCUAUCACCAGUAUGUCAGAGCUCAAUCGCAAAAUACGUGCCCUGAGUUGAGUGCUAGCCAUGGUUCUGCGCAUGUUUCCAACCAUCAGCUGUACAACGAGCAUGCUCCUGCUGAGCUCAGUAGUGCCUAUAAUUCAACGUGGACGCCUGCAGAGGACAGACGCCAACCAAAUUCCCAACACUUCCAGUCAUUGACCUAUUCCUUUUCUGAACGCACACAUGGUGACCUUCAACACUUCCUUCAAGACCAGUUCGAAAAUGCUGGCCAUAGCUACACAUCAUAUGAUGAAGCUCGCGUUUCCAAAGUCCAAUCGCCUGUGUCUCCGAUUUCCGCGCAUGAUUAUCCAACAUCCUUGCUGUCAAGUUCAGCAAGCCGAACAAAUACAGAUGUAUCGGGAGUGUCCUUGGGGUCCUUUUACCCCUCAAGAGACACCUCGAUGUCCAGCUUCUCGUCGCUCAGUUCGCGACCCGAGUACUACGAAAAGCUUCCGUUCCGUUUCUUGGCAGACGGAGGAGAAAACUUGAUAUUUUCGGAGCCAGAGUCAAUGGAAGAGCAUGUACACCCAGCUGAAUUACCUACAUCAGUUAAUGCCAUCCCUCUCAACUGGCUUGGGGAUGAGUCAGGUUUGAUUGUCUCGGAGCCAGAGGCCAUGGAAGAGCUUAUCCAGCCAGUGGAGUUGCCGACAUCAUCCAAUGCCUCUUCUUUGGCCCACUUCGAAGGAGGCCCGAAUUGGAUGUUUAUGCCAGAGUUGGUUGGAGACUCCGUCACUCCAGUUGAGAUGCCGACGUAUUCCAACAAAUAUUCUCCCCAUUUCAACUCGGCCGCUUCGAUCCCGAAAUGCUUCCCCGCCCAACAUGGGAUUUCAGAAGCGAUUCAAUCGCAGGAUAUUGAAGCUCAAAUCCCUCCAAAACGCUCCCCUCCGCAUUCAACAGGGCUAUGUGACCCUUCAUCUCCCCCAGUCUCAAUCGCUCCGCAGUCAAAAUACAAAUGUUCCUGUGGCUUUGAGUCAAGUGGAAAAGAACUCUACAAAUCCUCAAACUUCAAACGUCAUCAAAGUACAAAGAGUUGCCAGCGUCAGCGCGUAUCUCACUACAAACGCCCUGGAACAACGAAGUCUUGGCCGUGCCCGUAUCCUGGCUGUCGCAAGAAAUUCACUCGCUCUGAUAAUCUCCGCGUCCAUCAAAAGAAAAAGCGUCAUGGCUUGGAGAUAGAAUUGCUACCGGCAGGCUCUUUUUCUCUGCAGCCAGAGGCUGCUGCACUACAAGAAAUGCAUGAGCGCCAUCGAUAUCAAGGAAUUGUGGACCACGAUAGUGGCACAAGUGUUUGGAAAUGAGUAAGAGCUGUUGAUACGAUCUUGGAGGUCGGCUGGUCAGAAAAAUUGGAGCUCGCCCUCCGCGUGGACUCGCGUUGACUUGAGCUCCCAAUGACCCAACGUGGUCGAGCACUGAAGAAUGCUGGAACUUUCUGUUUCGCUCUUAUCUCCUUAAUCUUACUGUCUAAAAUUUUAUCGCGAGGCGGUUGAUUCAGUAAUUUAAUGUCCAUUUACAAUGAAAAUCCACGGUUUUCAAGCAUAAUAAAUUCCCCUUUCUGCAUCCUUUUUCC